AUGUAUAAUCGCGAGUCUAAGAUCAUGCGCAAGCUUCUCGGUAAGGCGGCGCCCGACUCUGCGGCUGGGGAUCUCUCUUCAAUAACAGGCACGACCACACCUAUCCCGACCUCUUACCGCCCUUCCAAGUCGCAGAAUGCUGUAUAUAUCGCAGGCGCUCCGGUAUCGUGCUUCGAUGUUUCCGAGGAUCGACGCGCCGUCGUCUUGGGCGGACCGCAUAUUCUCAAGUCAAUAGUUCUGGACGAUCCAAGUCUUUCCAGCUUCAGCUUCAAUGACGGAAUCGACGUACGUACGGCAAUCACCACGAGGCAGUCUAGUGGAUCCCGACAGAAUGUUGUCGCAGAUCAGCUGAACAUUCGCGACGUGAAAUGGCAUGGCAAUUCUCAAAUAUAUACGGCCUGUGGCAGCGGCAAGGUAUUCUCGUAUGACCUGACACGACUCGGGGCAGGCGAUAAUGAGCCACUGGAAUACAUUAUGACGCAAGAGGACUCGCGUCAGAUGAACACGUUGGACAUAAACCCUCACCUAAAAGCUUGGCUGUUAACCGGUGGACAAGACGGAACUGCUCGCGUAUUUGAUUCAUCGACCACAACUUCUGCGAGGCACGGUCUUAGCUUCAGGCAGCGCUUUGCACCGCUCAGGUGCAUUGACCCAAUCAGGCAAGUCAGAUGGUCGCCGAGUAAUGGCCAUGAGAUGGCCUGUUGUACGGAAAGUGGCGUGGUCAUGAAGUGGGAUGUACGACAACCUUCACGGCCGGUUCUGAGAAUCAACGCACAUGAGAAAUCAUGCUCAGCUAUCGCAUGGCACCCAGACGGAGUUCAUCUGAUCAGUGCUGGAAUGGACACCAAGAUUCACACCUGGGAUCUAGCCACCUCAGACAAGAGACAGAAGCCCAAAUGGACGAUUUCCGCUCCUGCACCAGUAGCAGCCGUUGCAUGGCGACCCGGACUCUGGUCUGCGAGUGCUCAGGCUAGACGUGUUGCUCAGAUUGCUGUGACUUACGACGAAACCAGUAGUCGACGAUAUGGUACGUCAGCGGUGCACAUCUGGGAUUUGGCAAGACCAUCUAUGCCGUACAAAGAAAUCGAGAGGUUCGAAUCCUCUCCUUCGGCCCUGGCAUGGCAAGACCAAGAUAUGCUUUGGACCGUGGGCCGAGAUGGAAGCUUCAACCAGUGCGAUGUCGCCUUUGCCCCCAAGGUCAUUGAUCGUCAGUCAACUUCUGCCAUGGCAUUCUCGCCAAGAGGAGACGUGCUCAUGUUCCUGGAUGAGCGUACGCAAUCACACCGGCCACGCUUGUCGGCUGCACACCAAUCCGACGCUUUGCAUCGCGCUACAUAUAGCUCUAGCCCUGGAAACCAAGGCUUAAGCAUGAGUCGGAGUGAUUCGGAAGACGAUGUUUUAGGGACUUUUCUGGGACCGCGUAGAAGGAUUCCUCGAAAAAGAAGGCUGAGUGGGCGGGGUACCAUGCCCCUUAGUACCACACCACCGUCGGGAGGAGCGUCAUUCCCAGAAGAUAACAAGCAGAACAUGGGUCUGGAGCCAUCUAUAAACGUCACAGGGAUAUUCAAAUCUCAACAGGCCAUGUCAUUUGGGCAUAUACCCGCGGCGAAACCGGUUCAGGUCUAUCAUUUCUUGUCUAAUGCGUAUCUAGAAACGCUCAAACGCGAGCUGCCGUACAUUGAUGGUGGCAAGCCAUUGAUAGAGCGGGUGGGUGCCAUCAUGGAGCAGUAUGCCAAAGCCGCCGAGGUGGCGAAUUUAUACCGCCUGGCCCAAACCUGGCGUAUCCUCGCUUAUGCUAUGAAUCUUCUCCUCAAACGCCGAGCGCAAUACCACUUUGAAGUUCGCGUUGGUCAGUUUCAGAAGCUUCAGGUUGACGACGUCUCGAAAGGAGCGGAUAAACUUAAGGCCUCAGAGAUAUAUGCAAACGGGGAAGAUACCCCACGGCGACCCUCAGGGCAGAGAAGCAGUAUUGAUAGCAGAUUUCACUCCAUUCGCUCUUUACUAGCAGAGGAGAUCGAGAGCACAUCGAAUGUGCCAACACCGGUCGCCCGGCCAGUUGACAGUGUGAUGAAUGCUGGCUCGUCGGGCCACGAAGAAGUGGUGCAUCAACACGGCAAACGAUUGUCACCAAUUGUUGAACCAGAAUCUCUUACCCUCGGUCCAGCUGCUCAUGGGUCCUUUGGGGAAUCCCGAAGCCCCAGGCAGCGACACGACUCAGAGCCCAUAUCAGUAGCAAGUGAACAGACAGACGAAUCCGAGACAUCAUAUACAGAAGGCUAUGACUUUUAUGAUGCCGAGGUGUUGGCCAAGGCGAUUGAUGUUCCCAUGCCGAAAAGAAAAAGCAGCUCUAGAGGAUUGCCUUUUCGCGGUAGGACCGUCAGGCAGGACUCAGAUGAGAGCUUUGGUCAAAUGUUCUCCAUCUCAAAUGGGACUAAGAGAUCUGGGAGGAUGGGGUCCAGCGGUGAUGCGUUUGCGAAGCCGCUGAAUCGAGAGUCGACCGAUUUGGGGAGGGCCAGUGGUGCGUCGAGUGCAGACUCACCACAAACGUCCAAAUCAUCCACAGAGAGAAACGGACGUCCGCCUCGCUCAAACGAUUCUCAAGAAGAGGUAUUCAUGAUUUCGCAGACGACAAAAACUGAUGACAGCUAUCCUUCCCAACCAUCAUUCACCUCACAAGACACUGACGGCGACUCUGGGGUCUCACCUCGCAAUUCCGUUCCCGGAAUCAGAACAAGCCGAUCGGUCAGCCCCAGGAAGAAGGAGUCAGUAUCGCCACGACAUGAUCCUCGACCUCAUGUUAUCGAAUCCGACUAUCUUCCUUGGGAUAACGACCCUCCUUAUCCUCACCCAUUGAGCAACCAUAACUCCAAAGGAGCUCUGACUUCGGCAUCACCUCUUGACCCUUACACCCUUUUACUCCGAGCCUUGGAUUUUGAGUCAAAAACUUCAGCGCUAAAUGCCUCUGCAAUGGUCUUACUACUGAAACCUCUGGUGCCUGCAUCAGUUAUUGAUAGUCACAGGGCCAGUGCUAUUCUCCGGCAGCACCAUCUCCGGCUCAUGCAGAUGAGCUUGUUUGUCGAGGCAGGGCUUCUACGAAACAUGUGCAUAAAAGGAUGGCCUACCGGCCUGCCAGACUGGGGAGACAACUACAUAUCUAUAUUUGGCGGGGCCCAACAAGGCGUCAAAGUAGGCUUGUUCUGCUCGUCGUGUCGCAAGCCACGAGAGGUCGACCCGUCAGCCGGCCAGGACGCAGUUUGGACCUGUGAACGAUGCCGAAGCGUCAUGGCCCCAUGCUCGGUGUGCGGCCACCGUGAGGCAGAGCGUCCGUCCUUCAUCCCCCCAGAAAUUGCGCCAUCCACUUCGGAUAUCGAGUCAGAAAUGUGGUCAUCACAAUGGUGGUACUGCCCAGGCUGCGCUCACGGUGGCCACGCCUCCUGUCUCCAACUAUGGCAUGGAGCGUCAGAGCCAGUCGCCGCAGCAGACCCAUCUGCCAAGUACAGCGAUGGAUGCUGUCCCUCCGACGGCUGUGGCCACGCCUGUCUGCCGGGUAAAUAUCGUGGGGAGACAACCACAGCUCGAUCAGAUGAACUUGGUCGUGCGGCUGUCGAUUCAUCACGAGUAAGAGACGAACGCGGGCCGGCGAGCCGCGGAGGUAGCAGACGAUCCAGCCCCGGCGCACCAUAUGAACGAAGUGUGAAGAGCGACACGAAUGAUGUGCCUCAAAGUAAAGCCGUGGGCAUGGCGAGAGAAGCAUUGAAUAAAAGCAGUGGAGGGAUAUUGAGCUCCAGCCCAGGAAGAUCAAGCGGCACUGGGGAUAGAGAAAGGAGGAAGAGUGUCAAGUUUGCUAGGACGGACCGUUGA